AUUGGGAAGUAGACGUUUCUAAUGUGUGAUAGUAAAUUAUUUUUAAAAUAUUGGAAUUUUGAGAAAAAAUUACAAAAUGUUGAAGAAGUCAAUUUCUUCGUUAAUUUUUAUUAUUUUGUUUAUGGCCACAGUAAAUGCUUUUCCAAAUGAAGGCAAAUGGAACGAAAAUUUAACAGCGGGGGCUAGUAGUUUAUAUCUAUCAAAAAGUUUAUAUAAAGGAGCUGAAAUAAUAGUAGGAAUUAAUUGUGAUUCAAAAUUUCAUGAUUCCAAAAUUGACAUAAGCCUAGCGAUUAUACAGUCUGCUUGUUGGGAUAUACGAGAUGCUCUUUCAGAAAUUAGACAGGAAAUAUCUUCGCCAAAUCCUGAAUUUAGGAAUUCUUCGAAAAUAUAUCAUACAAGUGAAAAAUAUGACUGCAAUGACAACAUUUUCCUUAGAGAAAAUCCAGCUACGCCAUCAGUAUCAGAAAAGCACAGUGGCAAACAACCAAUUCAUACAGUAACUCAUGAUGGUGUCUAUGUACUAGCUUUAAAAGUCUCCAGUUCAAACAUGUCCGAAUAUAGUGUUGGAGUUCAUAUUGAAAUGAAAAACGAUUAUGGGUAUCUUUCAGCUGCUGAGUGGCCAUUAUUACCUUUUUAUGGUUUUAUGUGUGUUUAUUAUGUAAUAUUGGGCUUAAUAUGGCUUACUCUAUCGUUUUCACAAUGGAGAGAUCUUCUAAGAGUUCAGUUUUGGAUUGGAGGCGUAAUAUUAUUGGGAAUGUUGGAAAAGGCAACUUUUUAUGCAGAAUACCAAAGCAUUAAUAACACAGGGGUCAGGGUUGAAGGAGCAAUGAUAUUUGCGGAAUGGAUAUCUUGUGCUAAAAGAACUUUAGCUCGUAUUCUUGUAGUGAUAGUUAGUUUAGGUUUUGGUAUUGUUAAACCUAGAUUAGGAGCUACAUUACAUAGAGUCGUAGGGGUUGGCCUUCUUUACUUCUUUUUAGCUGCCUCUGAAGCUUAUUUAAGAAUAACUAAAGAAAAAAGUAAUCCUAGCAAAGAUAUUUUAGUAGCAUCUGUACCACUUGCUGUGUUGGAUUCUGCGAUUUGCUGGUGGAUAUUUUCAGCAUUAGUUAACACUACCAGAACUUUGAGAUUAAGACGAAAUGAAACUAAACUAAGCCUUUACCGCCACUUUACCAACACUUUGAUUUUUUCUGUAUUGGCUUCAGUGUUCUUCAUGUUAUAUUGUAUCAAAGUCCAUCAUUUUGUCGAUUGCUUGGUUGUGUGGAAAGAUAUUUGGGUAGAGGAAGCAUAUUGGCACAUCCUCUUUUCGUUGUUAUUAUUAGUCAUAAUGAUCUUAUGGAGGCCAACAAAUAAUAAUCAAAGAUAUGCAUUUGUUCCCCUUUUGGAUACUGGUGAUGAUGCCGAUGAGGAAGAACAGCUUGUUAAUGAUGCUUAUGGAGUAAAAGUCCGAGUUCAUCACCCUAAAAAUAAUUCUUCUCAAAGAACUUCAAUAGAUGAUGAUCUCAAGUGGUUGGAAGAAAAUGUCAAAAGUGAUCCUGCACUUCCUAUUUUAGAUUCAGAUGAAGAACUUGUUAAUACUAGGUUUGAAGUGUCGAAAAUGCAGUAAAUAUGUUGCCAUCAU